AUGGGCCUCCACCUGAACCUCACCUUCACCUUCACCAUCUCCAUUCUUCCUUCUUCUUCACACACAAUCACACACUCCAAUUUCACUUCCACCACCACUUCUGUCAUAGUUAAACUCCCAUACUUCCAAAAUCUUGAAAAUCAUACAUAUAUACAUAGUUGUUAUAACUUUUGAUAAUUAUUAAUUCUGAAGCAUAUAUACAUAUAUAUGGAUGAAAUGUAUGGGCUUAAUUCAGUGAGUGAUGACUAUUCAGAAAAGGGUUUGAUGUCUCCGGAGAAUCUGAUGAUUCCGGCGGAUCAGUACUAUCAGUAUCACCAUUACCAUUCCAUGUUUCCGUCGGGCGAUCAUCGGCAGCUGAUUCCGGUGUUUGGAUCGGAGGAAUUGGGGUCUCGGUGUUCUGGGAUAUCUCUUGAUCAUCAAUCAGGAACUUCGGUUAACGUUCAAAAUCAGCAGAGAGAGGGAGAAGGAGAUGAUCAGGAGGGUUCUAGUGUGAUGAUCAAGGCUAAAAUUGCUUCCCAUCCUUCCUACCCCAAGUUGCUUGAUGCCUAUAUUGAUUGCCAGAAGGUUGGAGCACCUCCGGAGAUGGUCUAUUUGUUGGAUGAAAUCAGGCGAGAAAAAGACUUGUCCAGACAAGACUCAGUUUCCAUGUGCUUAGGAGUCGAUCCCGAACUCGACCACUUCAUGGAAACCUACUGUGCCAUAUUGGUGAAGUACAAGUUGGAUCUGUCGAGGCCUUUCGAUGAAGCAACCUCCUUCCUCAACAACAUCGAAGCCCAGCUCUUUGAUCUUCGCAACGAUAAUGGUGCAUGGUCGUCCGACGAAGAGUUGAGCCGGGGAGACAUAGAAAUACAAGACGCAAAAAUGAAGAGCGAAGAUCAACAGCUAAAAGACACACUUUUACGUAGGUAUGGUAGCCACAUUAGUAGCUUAAAACUCGAGUUCUCCAAGAAGAAGAAGAAAGGUAAGCUACCAAAGGAGGCGACGCAAACUUUGCUCGAAUGGUGGAACUCCCACUGUAAAUGGCCCUAUCCCACGGAAGCAGAUAAAAUUGCACUGGCCAAAUCGACAGGGCUAGAUCAGAAGCAAAUCAAUAACUGGUUUAUAAAUAAAAGGAAACGGCAGUGGAUCAAAUCGCCGGAGAGCAUGCAGUUGGCUGUAACGGACAGUUUCUCCGGCCAUUUCUCGACAGAAGACUGACCAUAUAUAUAUAUAUAAAUUAAUGGACAUGCUUGUGCAGCUUCGGUGAAAUGCUGAUGUGCUUGCAGCUCUUGUAUAUUCUCGGACAGUGAUAUAUAUAUAUAAAUCGAUAAGGACGACGUUGUACUAUUCAGUAAACGUUGAUUUGGGUAAUUAUUGCAAGAAGUUAUCAAUUAAUAAGAAGAAGAAUUUAUCCCAGUUGUGCCUG